AUGGCCACCGACCUGAGAAUCGCCCAGGCAAUUGGGACGCUUGGCUGUGCAAUGGCAGCAAGCGGCAUUGCUACAUUGUCAAUCAUGAGCAUUCCCAAUAUCGUCCUUCCAGCCCGUCGCCCGCCCGGCACGACACUGCCAUUCCAGGAUACCCCAGGAACCUCGACCACUCACUUGACACAUCAGUGGCUUGAUCUGUAUGAGCGUGGCAGCAGGAUUUUCCCCGGUAUAUCCGCAGUAUCUUCACUCGCAAACCUCUAUGCGCUCUGGGUAUUGCGGGAUACUCCUACCCCUGCCCCUGGUUUCGUUGGAUCCAGCUGGUCCGCAUGCUAUCUGCUUGCUGUGGGAGUGACGAUGAGCAUUGCACCUUUUACCUUGACAGUGAUGAAGAAGACGAAUGCCAAGCUGAAGGCUCAUGCAAAGCGCGAUGAUGCGUCUGGCGCCGAGGGUACUGAGGGCAUGGUGGUUAGUGCGCAGGAGAAGGCGAAGCGUGGUAGGGAUGAUAGCGAGGUGGUUGAACUUUUGCAGCAUUGGUCGAAGUUGAAUUUGAUCAGGGCUACGCUUCCACUUGUUGGAGCUGGUCUUGGGUUCUACGCUGCUGUUUCUAGCUGGGCAAUUCCUUGA